AUGGAUCUCAAUAGUGCCAGCACUGUUGUUCUCCGGGUUUUGACACAGGCCACCAGUCAGGAUACAACUGUGUUAAAACCAGCUGAGGAGCAAUUGAAACAAUGGGAGACACAGCCAGGUUUCUACUCAGUGUUACUGAAUAUUUUCACAAACCAUACUCUGGAUAUAAAUGUAAGGUGGCUUGCUGUGCUGUAUUUCAAAAAUGGAAUUGAUCGCUACUGGAGACGUGUAGCACCUCAUGCUCUCUCAGAGGAGGAAAAGUCUACAUUGCGUGCAGGGCUCAUCACCAACUUCAAUGAGCCAAUAAAUCAGAUUGCAACUCAGAUCGCAGUGUUGAUUGCAAAAGUUGCUAGAUUGGAUUGUCCUAGACAGUGGCCUGAACUGAUUCCCACUCUUAUAGAAUCUGUUAAAGUCCAAGAUGAUCUUCGACAGCACCGAGCAUUGCUUACCUUCUAUCAUGUUACCAAGACUUUGGCAUCUAAACGACUGGCUGCUGAUAGAAAAUUGUUUUAUGAUUUAGCAUCUGGAAUUUAUAAUUUUGCCUGCUCUCUGUGGAAUCACCAUACAGACACAUUCCUGCAACAAGUUUCAUGUGGAAAUGAAGCUGCUGUUCAAAGUUCACUAGAACGAACUUUACUGUCAUUGAAAGUGCUGCGUAAGUUAACUGUGAAUGGAUUUGUGGAGCCUCAUAAGAAUAUCGAGGUGAUGGGUUUUUUACAUGGAAUAUUUGAACGUCUAAGACAAUUUCUGGAUUGCAGUAGAAGUAUAGGUACAAAUAAUGUAUGUCGAGAUAGACUGGAAAAGACCAUCAUUCUUUUUACUAAAGUUCUUUUGGACUUCCUAGAUCAGCAUCCCUUUUCAUUUACUCCUUUAAUUCAGAGAUCACUAGAAUUUUCUGUAAGCUAUGUUUUUACAGAAGUUGGUGAUGGGGUUACAUUUGAACGAUUCAUUGUCCAAUGUAUGAAUCUUAUUAAGAUGAUUGUCAAAAAUUACGCUUAUAAGCCAUCAAAAAAUUUUGAAGAUAGUAGCCCUGAAACUCUAAAAGCUCAUAAGAUUAAGAUGGCGUUUUUCACAUAUCCUACUUUGACAGAAAUUUGCAGGAGAUUGGUCUCUCAUUAUUUUCUACUAACUGAAGAAGAAUUGACAAUGUGGGAAGAAGAUCCAGAAGGCUUUAUAGUGGAAGAAACAGGAGGAGAUUCUUGGAAAUAUAGUUUGAGGCCUUGUACUGAAGUACUGUUUAUAGAUAUAUUCCAUGAAUAUAAUCAAACUCUUACUCCUGUACUUCUAGAAAUGAUGCAGACACUUAAAGUGUAUAAUGCUGUGGGGUUAGCUGCUUAUGAACUGUUUGACAGUGUUGAUUUUGAUCAGUGGUUUAAAAACCAGCUUCUUCCAGAAUUACAGGUCAUUCACAGUAGGUAUAAACCAUUGCGACGCAGGGUGAUCUGGCUCAUCGGUCAGUGGAUUUCUGUGAAAUUCAAGUCUGACUUAAGACCAGUGCUAUAUGAGGCCAUUUGUAACUUGCUUCAAGAUCAAGAUUUAGUGGUUCGUAUUGAAACAGCCACAACUCUGAAGUUAACUGUUGAUGAUUUUGAGUUUCGAACAGAUCAGUUUCUACCGUAUUUGGAAACCAUGUUCACACUACUUUUUAAGUUACUACAGCAAGUUACAGAAUGUGACACGAAGAUGCAUGUCUUGCAUGUCCUUUCUUGUGUGAUCGAAAGAGUCAAUAUGCAGAUACGACCAUAUGUAGGAUGUUUGGUACAGUAUUUGCCUCUUCUUUGGAAGCAGAGUGAAGAACACAAUAUGUUGAGAUGUGCUAUUUUGACAACACUAAUUCAUCUUGUUCAGGGAUUAGGAGCAGACAGCAAGAACCUGUACCCUUUCCUGCUUCCAGUUAUUCAACUGAGCACAGAUGUUUCUCAACCUCCACAUGUUUAUCUUUUGGAAGAUGGUUUAGAAUUAUGGUUAGUCACACUGGAAAACAGCCCAUGUAUUACACCAGAGUUACUUCGUAUAUUUCAGAAUAUGUCACCACUUCUUGAACUAAGUUCAGAAAGUCUCAGAACCUGCUUUAAGAUCAUCAAUGGGUAUAUCUUUUUAUCAUCAACUGAAUUCUUACAGACAUAUGCCAUGGGUCUGUGUCAGUCCUUUUGUGAGCUGUUAAAGGAAAUUACUAUAGAAGGUCAAGUUCAUGUGCUCAAGGUUGUGGAAAAUGCCCUUAAAGUGAACCCAGUGUUAGGCCCACAAAUGUUUCAACCAAUUCUACCCUGCGUUUUCAGUGGGAUUAUAGAAGGGGAGAGGUAUCCUGUAGUGAUGUCCACAUAUCUUGGAGUCAUGGGUCGAGUCCUGCUACAAAACACUAGUUUCUUUUCUUCACUUCUUAAUGAAAUGGCGCAUAAAUUUAAUCAAGAGAUGGACCAACUUCUAGGAAAUAUGAUUGAAAUGUGGGUUGAUCGCAUGGACAACAUUACCCAGCCUGAACGAAGAAAACUUUCAGCUUUGGCUUUGCUUUCUCUUUUGCCAUCUGAUAAUAGUGUUAUUCAAGAUAAAUUCUGUGGAAUUAUAAACAUCUCCGUGGAAGGCCUACAUGAUGUAAUGACUGAAGAUCCUGAAACAAGAACUUAUAAAGACUGCAUGUUGAUGUCUCAUCUUGAGGAGCCAAAAGCAACAGAAAAUGAAGAACCACCCACAGAGCAGGAUAAGAGGGAAAAAAUACUGGCCCUAAAGGACCCUGUGCACACGGUUUCCCUGCAGCAGUUCAUCUACGAGAAGCUCAAGGCACAGCAGGAGUUACUGGGAGAACAAGGUUUCCAGUCCCUCAUGGAGACAGUGGACACAGAGAUUGUCACCCAGCUACAGGAGUUCUUACAGGGAUUCUAG